CUCCUCUAUUUACCCAACCUUAUUCUUCACGUUUUCUUUCUUCGUUCUUAUGUUUCUCUGUUCACCGUUGACGAAAAUUUUCAAUUUAUACACACUUCGAUCCUCUCCGAAACAAUGCUCUGAUCAUUUUCGUCUUUACAAUGAACGAUUCUCAGUCCUUCUCCUCCACUUCUGAUUCCGCUUCAAUAGCCACCGUCGAUCAGACUGUUGGGAGGAGUCGAAGAAGUACUGAUGGUAGUCAAACGAUUGCAAUUGAAUCACGGCAUUGGCGGGAUGUUUUUUGGUUAGGAAUAUUUAUUAUUCAUUUGGUUGGUCUAGGGUUUGUUCUUGCAGUUCUUGGGAUCAAUAGAUUUAAGAAAUCAGAUAGGCUUAAUAUUGAUAGAUACACCGAACGGUUGUGGGAGAAUAAACCAGGAUUGACAGAAACUUAUUGGCCGAUGUAUGCGGUUGCUGGUGGUGUUGGGACUGUCCUUGGAUGGACUUGGUUGUUGUUGCUUGGUUCUCAUGCAAACCAAAUGAUGAAGGUUUCGGUGCAUAUUUUGACUACUUAUCUUGCUGUCAUCAGUGUCCUAUGUUUUUGGUGCGAUCAGGUUUUCUGGGGCGUUGCAUUUGCAAUUGCUGCUGCAAUACAGUUCUUGUAUGUUAUAUCGGUUAUAGACAGACUUCCAUUUACCAUGUUGGUGCUGCAAAAAGCAGUGAAGAUGGUGUGGGGUCUUCCUGAAGUUAUGAGAGUAGCAUAUGCAUUCAUGGGAGUGAUGCUUUUAUGGAUGGCAAUAUGGUCGUUUGGGGCAGCUGGCGUUGUGGCUUCAAGCAUGGGUGACAGUGGACGCUGGUGGCUUCUUGUGGUUCUCUCUGUAAGCUUAUUUUGGACAGGUGCAGUCCUCUGUAAUACAGUGCAUGUGAUAGUGUCUGGGAUGGUUUUUCUUGUUCUUAUUCAUGAUGGUCGAGAAUCAGGAUCAAUGCCUCACAACCCGUUGAUGAAAUCUCUACGAUAUGCUGUGACGACAUCUUUGGGCAGCAUUUGCUAUGGUUCACUCUUCACGGCUGCAAUUCGGACAUUAAGGUGGGAGAUCAGAGGAGUUCGCUCCAAGAUUGGAAACAAUGAGUGUUUGCUUUGCUGUGUUGACUUUCUGUUCCAUUUAGUGGAGACUCUUGUCCGAUUCUUCAACAAGUAUGCUUAUGUCCAGAUUGCUGUUUAUGGUAAAGGUUUUAAUCGGUCAGCAAGGGAUGCCUGGGAGUUAUUCCAAUCAACUGGAGUUGAAGCACUUAUCGCCUAUGAUUGUUCUGGUGCUGUACUACUGAUGUGCACUCUUUUGGGUGGACUUAUCACUGGAACUUGCUCAGGGGUUUGGGCGUAUACUAAAUCGAAAGACAGAGUGAUUAUGGUGGGGUCAACUGCAAUGUUGAUGGGAAUGGUCUUAGUGGGGCUGGCAAUGGUUGUGGUUGAAAGUGCAGUUACAUCCAUAUAUAUAUGUUACGCAGAAGACCCCUUGUUGAUUCACAGAUGGGAUGCUGAAUUCUUUAACCAGAUGUCUGAAACACUACACCAGCGUCUCCAAUAUAGGAGUGCAAGAGCCAGGGAAGUAUUGACCCACAAUAACCUCAAUGGCCAUGCCCAUACCCAAGAAACACUUUCUGUCUAAUUUCCUGCGAAAAUAAUUUCCAUUGUGCUUUAAUUAUUCAUCUAAUUUCCAAAUGUAUGAGUUCUUUUUUGUUUUGUGAGGGUGUUUUCUUUUGUUUUCCCUUUUUUUACAUAGAAGUGAAAAGUUAUAGGAAACAAUUUAUGGCCUAUUUCCGUAUUAUUACUUGAAGCUGCGUAUCCAAAACAACACAGGAUAACUGCCUAUGUAAAUGGUGUGUAGCGGUUUAAAAUUUUUGCCCUUGAUUAUUGUGGAUCUGGAUUUAUUGUUGGGCUCAUGGGCUGUAUGUAUUACACUUGUUUAAAUACCCAACUGUCUCAUUAUUGUA